AUGAAAAAGAAAGCACUGUGGGUGCUUGUGGUGGUUUUGGGUAUCGCAUGUUUAUGUGGCUCUCAUGGGUGUCGGGAGCAAGAAAGGGUUGCACUCUUAGCGCUCAAUGCCACAUUGGACCUGCAAUAUAGGGUGGAUGUUGGGGGAUCAUAUUUCAACUGUUGCAGCUGGGAAGGUGUUGAGUGCAACCCCACCACAGGACGAGUCACUCAACUAAUGCUCUCCCAUUCGAGAUAUUACCGUUUUGGCUCCAAAACUUGGUACCUAAAUGCUUCUCUACUUCUUCCAUUUGAAGAACUCAAGAGCCUUUCCUUGUCCGACAACUAUUUAGGAGGGUGGAUUGCACCAGAAGAACCAAACCUACUAUCUUCAAGAUUGAGCAAACUAGAGGUGCUUGAUGUGAGUCAUAACUCUCUAGGUCAUUCUAUUCUAUCCGUUCUCAAUACAAUUCCAUCUCUUCGGCAUGUGCUCCUCCAUGACAAUAAUUUGAGUGGGACUUUACACGUGAAUGGUGAUUUUAGUAAUUUGAUGGAGCUUGACAUAAGACAUAACGCAGUUGAUGCAAUGGUUAUUGUUGAAGGUGGUUUCAGUAAUUUAAAGGAGCUGGACAUGAGUGAUAAUCCAAUCGAUGUAGCAGCUAUUGCUAAAGGCUUGUGUAAUCUCAUAAAACUAGAAGAGCUGGAUCUUAGCAUUAACAAAAUUACUGGCGGGCUUCCUAUGUGUUGGCGAAACAUGACAUCUAUUCGGGUUCUAUUUCUUGAAGACAAUGAAUUCACAGAUAAUGUCGCCUCAUCUCCCCUCACUAGUCUUACCUCACUCGAAUUGCUUUCCAUUUCGGGUAAUUAUUUUGAUAUCCCCUUGUCACUCGGCCCACUUGCAAACUAUUCAAGACUUAAGGUCCUCUUGCUUGAUGACAAUAAACCAACAAUUGAUUCCAAAGUUGCGUCUUUGAUCCCAAGGUUCCAAUUGAAGGUUUUUAGUAUGUCAAAUAGUCUAUUGAAAGGCUUCAAAGUGACUUCUCUUGGCUUUCUCAAUCAUCAAUAUGACCUGAGAACCAUUGAUCUCUCCUCGAAUGACAUUUUGGGUCCUUUUCCAGCUUGGUUGUUGGAAAACAACACUAAGUUGGAAAAGCUUUUUAUGGCAAAUAACUUAUUUGCGACACUUGAGGUUCCACUGAUGACCCUUCAUAAUCUUUUGAUGAUGGACAUAUCCAACAACGGCAUGAGAGGAGAGCUCACGACCGAAUUUUGUUUAAAUGUCCCAAAUAUGUACCACCUUAAUCUAUCAACCAACAGAUUGGAAGGGAAUAUUCCAUAUGAAUUGGCUAGUAUAAAAUCCCUAUUUUUCUUGGACCUUUCUCACAACAAUUUCUCCAAGGGACUACCUAUCCAGUUACUAGAUAACAGCUCAUCAUUGUAUAACCUCAACGUAGCAUAUAACAACUUGCAAGGAGAAAUUGUGUUUUCCAAUGACACCAUGAACCUAAAUUUCCUAUGUCUACAGUUAGAGCACAACAUGUUCACUGGAGAUCUCUCUUUUCUUUCAUCACUCUUAAAUUUGUUGUUAUUGGAUGGUAGCAACAACUUUUUCAUUGGCAAGCUUCCCAGAUUGAUUGCGAACACAUCAUUGCUUGUGUUUCUUGACUUGUCCCAAAAUCAGUUAAAUGGCCUCAUCCCUCAAGAACUCUUUAAUCUUACUCAGCUCAAGUAUUUGGCUUUGUCUGACAACAAUCUCUCCGGUUUAUUAGCAUCAUCUUUCAUAGCACCCGCGUUGAGUCACAUCCAUUUGAAUGGGAACAAGUUGAAUGGUUCAAUCAUGCAUGUGCUCUUUAAUAGCUCCAAUUUGGUGACCUUGGAUUUGAGUGAAAAUGAGUUCUUUGGAAGCAUACCCUAUUGGCUAGGUACCCUCUCUCAAUUAAGCAUUCUUUCACUGAGAGGUAAUAGCUUCUACGGAACAUUUCCCGAGCAAUUGUGCAGAUUGAAAAGCUUAAGUAUGAUCGAUCUUUCUGAAAACAAUAUGUUUGGUCCAUUACCUAGUUGCUUGGGACCCAUGAAUUUCUCCUCUGGAGGAUAUGCCAAUAAGGUAACUUCACUACCGCUAGGGUUUUUCGGAGGUGGAGUUGAAGAAUUGUCACCUUGGUCUUAUGUGAGGUCAAUUAGAAGCCACACCGAGUUCUACCACUAUAAAUCACUGGUAGAACAAGAAUGGCAAGUUCUACAUAUUGUUGGGUUCACAACAAAAAGAAGGUUUGAUGCUUAUAAAGGCUAUGCACUCCUUAACAUGGUAGGACUAGAUUUUUCUUGCAACCAUUUCAGUGGGGAGAUCCCACUAGAUAUUGCAAUCUCACAGGACAUGCUUGUGCUGAAUUUGUCGCACAACAAGCUUACAGGACACAUACCGAUGUCAUUGUCGAACCUCACAAAGAUAGAAAGCAUUGACCUUUCCUACAACAACUUAAUUGGUUCUAUCCCUGAAGAGCUUACUCAGUUGAAUUUUCUGGGAGUCUUCAAUGUGUCUUACAACGACUUGUCAGGAGCCAUACCAAACAAAAAUCAGUUUGGGUCAUUCGAUGAAAGCAGUUACUACGGAAACCAUCUUUUGUGUGGACUACCAUUGAGUAAUGACUGUUCAACAACUAUUAACAUUAAUUGCUCGGCAACAAAAUCAUGCAGGAAAGCUAAAGAAGAUGGUUUCAUAGAUGGAGAGACAUUUUAUAUCAGCUUCGGAGUGUCAUACAUGACGGUUUUACUAGUAAUUCCGGUUGUUCUGUUCAUCAACCCCCAAUGGCGGCAGGGAUGGUUUCAUUAUGUGGAACUGGUUAUCACCACAUGUAAGAGCUUGUUCAUCACAUGCUACUAUUUCGUGCAGGAUGGUUUUUGA